AUGUCAAGGUUGUCGCAGCAGCAAUCGCCGCUAGUUAGAAAAGAUAAGCGUCGGAGGAUAGGGGAGGUAGUCGGCGGGACUGCAGCUAAUUGCGCGGCGAUCUGGUGUUGUUGCCCUUGCAUGACGGUGAAUCUGCUGCUACUCGCCGUGUAUAAGGUUCCGUCAGCGAUUGUACGAAAAGCGUGGAGGAAACAACAACGCCGGCGAAUGCUUAGAAAUAAUGAUUAUAAUAAUAAUAAUAAUUAUAAUAAUUCUCUCCUCCUACUGCAGCAGCAACAUAAUAUCGGUGGUGGACGAUCGAGUAUAGAGGAGUUGGAAUCCACGAUCAGGAACCAAAUCGCCGGCGGCCAGGAUGAAUCAACUGAGGAGGAAGAAGAAUUUGAGAGAGAAAUGUGGGGCAAAUUCUACGGCACCGGUUUCUGGAGAAGCCCGCCCUCAUUAGAGGGAGAUAGAUGA